UGAGCAAAUAUUUAACUUAUUCAAUACUAUUAUAACUAAUAUAAAAAGUAAAUUAUAAUUCAGAAAUUAUUAAAAUCAUUUUUAACUAAGAAUAUUUGUAGACAGAGAUGAGAAAUAUAAAUAAGUCAAUUUCAAAACAAGAUGAUACUUUGGUGGUCUCAGAAACCAACUGCGAAAUAAGUACUGAUGAAUCGAUUUGGACGAAACAGACCACAUUCAGAGCAUGGUUGCUACUUUGUUAUACUACAGGACCAGUAGCUUCUAUGUCAAGAACAUAUGUUCCUGCUGCAAUGCAAUCUGUUGCAAGAGCAGUAGGUCAUACAAAAUUGGGAGAAAAGUGUCUGUUUAAAGGAAAUGACUGCUAUGUUAAAUUUGGGGUAGGAACAGUUCAUUCAACAUCUUAUGUGUUGUAUAUAAGAGCGAUUGCUACUGCAAUUGAAGGAAUUGUAAGCUUGUUAUUGAUGGGAAUUGCAGACUAUUCAAACUACAGAAAGAUUUUGCUUAUCGGUUCUAUCUUGUUUUAUGGUUCUAUCGCUUUACCAUUCGCUGGUUUGACUGGACAAAACUAUCCUACUCUUAUAGCUCUAUCAGUAUUAUAUGCUUUGCUCACAGUUACUAAUUCGAUCUAUCAAAUUUUAGAAGGUUCGUAUAUUCCAUUAUUUCUGAGGGCUGCUUCUCCAAAAGGUACUGCAGCAGAGGAUGUAAGGCGAGAUAUUAUCUUAAAGAGAGGUUCGGUUGUAAGUGUUAUGGGUUUAUUUAUAUCAAAUUGUGGAGGAUUGACUGCGUUACUUAUCGGAAUCAUUAUUUCCUAUGGUAAAGGAGGACCAAUGAAAGAUGGCUACCAUAACUUUUUAUUAGCCAUUACAAUCGCUGGAUGUGUAACUGUUGCUUUCUCGAUCUUAUCUUCCUUUUACAUUCCCAAAGUUAAAGGAACUGAAAGGCCAAAGGAUGAAGUUUUGCUAUUUCUAACAAUCAAAAGGAUGUUUAGUUUAGUCAAGGAAAUUCAAAAGUACCCAAAUGCUUUUCUUUAUUGUAUUUCAUGGGUUAUUUGGAAUGUAAGCUUUGGUAAUUUUAUGAGUGUUUACGUUCUUCUAUUCAGAUCAACCCUUGGUUUAGGGUCGUCUGAUUCAGAAUACACUGUUUAUACAUUCAUGUCUUAUGUAACAGCUUGCAUUGGUGCAAUUGCAUGGAUGCUUUGUUAUCCAAGAUUAUCAUUGAAUAUUAAAACUUGGGGUUAUGGAUUCUUGUUCUUGUCUUUAUUCUCUAACUUCUGGGGUUGUUUAGGUAUUAGUAAUAGAACUAGUAUUGGCUUCAAGCAUAGAUGGGAAUUUUGGGUUUUUGAAAUAUUCUAUUCUGCUAGUAGUUCAUCAAUGAGAAGUUUAAAUAGGUGUGUCUACAGUACUUUGUUACCUGAAGGUCAGGAAGCUCAAUAUUUUGGACUCGAAGUAAUGUUGGGUGUUGCAACAGGUUGGAUAGGUUCAUUGGUUAAUGCAAGUAUUCAAGACAGAACUAAUAAUGACAGAUUCCCCUUUGUACCAAAUCUUGUCUUAGUUCUUGUUUCCAUUGUGCUUUACUACUGUGUUGAUUUUGAGAAAGGUAUGAGAGAUGCUGAAAAGUUGGUUCAGGAUGAUGAUCCAACGAAAGAUGACGAUUCAACAAAUGGUGAUGUUGAACAAGUAGUAGAACAUCACAUUUCAAAGUAAUAGUGUGAGAUAAGAAAAGUCGUGAAAUGAAGCUUACAAUUAUAGUUAUAGUUUUAGUGUACUUAUAUAUUAAAUGACUAUUAAUGAUUGUUACAAAGACAAAAACAAAUGAACAAUAUCAAACAGUAGAUUAGGAAAAUAUUAAUGAACAUGGAACCUAUGGUUCAUAGCAAAAGACUAAUUAUAGUCAUUAAAUUUAAAAAUGUUUUUG